CCUACGUACGCACGCGUUCGCUUGCUCGUAAGUACAUACAACAACCAAUAAGUAUACCCUAAAUCUCGACAAGCCCAACAUUACACAUCGGUACGUUUCAUGUGAUACGUGUGAUUUGCUCCUCCAAACGGAUUAAAUCCACGUUCCUACAUUGCUCCGAAAGUUGCGUAGUUUUGUGCAAGUGCUGGACAACACACCGUUAUCGUCCUCUACAUUGUUGUGAUACCGUCGUGGAUUAUCGUCCACUGUUAUCUAUCUGCCGGUUACACACAUAUACAUGUAUACACACAACAAGUUGUAAUAGUCGAGCAGUUGUCAGCUGAACGGUUUGUUGUCGAUCGCGCGCUCGAGAGGUGCUGCUCUCUCUUCGGUCAGUGUCUUGUCUUUUUUUUUUUUUUUUUUUUUAUCAUCAUUCCUCUUCACGAAACAGAGGCGCAGCAUAUACGUACAUGAUAUAUACAUAUAUAGCGGUGCUCUUGUGCGUACGUAAUAUUGCGAAAUUCGAGGACGAAAGAAAUGUAGAGUUUUAAAGAGGAGAAGACGAAGAAGCAGCGCGAAGAAGAAGGCACUGUUAUAUACAUGUACAUACAGCACAUCUACGUAUAGAUAUAUGACCAGUGGCAAUCGCGUACGGAGUGGUAUAUAUUGUAUACUACGGUGUACAACAUACACACAUAUACAUACACGCCAGGCAAAAGUGGCGGAGACGCGGAACGCAAAGAGCAGAAGCAGAGAGAAUACAUACGAGAGUAUAUAGUGGUGUAGUGCGCGCGCCAGGUGUGUGCUCUGGCCCGUUGUCUUUCUCUCUCUUUCACACGACUUCGUACAUUCGUACAGCUGCAAAGCCAGAGCAGCAGUAGUUUUUUGCUGGCCCGGCAGCAGCCGCUGAUCCACGGCCGUCAUUACGUCGUGUAUAUGAGUGUGUAGUGCCUAUGUAUUAACGUACAUAAUAUAUACAUAUAUAUGUGCCGUGCAUAACCUAAUAUACUCGUGAGUUGCCCCCCCCCUCUCACUGUGUCCAUAAUCUCUUUAUCUCUGCCCCCCCCCCUUUUGUGUAACGUGUUUAUGUAGGUAAUGUAAUAUAAAAAAAAAGUUUAGUGAAAAGAUAACGAGGCACGGCUCGUCUUCGAGUUCAUUUUUAUCAUUAGUGUUCUCGAAUUUCAGUAGAUCUUUUUGAAAACGAGCGCCUGUCACCGAGCCCAUUUUUUUUUUUCGGGUGACCUAUAUCGGAAGAGUCAAGUGAUUAGUUGACAAAAGAUAAGUGGCUGUGAAAAAAUGUUUUUUUGUCAUUAAAAAAGGAUGGAAACUUUGGUUUGGCUUUAACCUAAAAAUAAUAACCAAUCCGACGAGGGAAGGAGGAGAAAAAGAGGGAGAGAGAUCAAGAACGGGAUUUUCCAAUGCACGUCGCUAAAGUAUUUAUUACACCUCGCGAGUGAUGCUCGCUGUUGUUGUAGAUCGGAGUGGAUAUAUGUAAUUAAGUGCACGGAUGUGUGAAUAUUAAAAAUUAAUCCGUCGUCUGCAUUUUUUAUAACCUCGAAAGUAACUGUUUUCGGGAUCAAUUACAUCGAUGCAGAGGAAAUAAGUAGUUGUGUGAUUAUUGAGAAAAAAAUAAAAUAUAGUGCGCGGGAUUUUAUCGAUAUGGUAAAGUGGCAUGUAAGUGUGCAUUGUUUCAAUCAAAUUUAAUAAAUUUGUUGUUUGGUGUAUCGUCGUUUUUCGUAACGUUGGAACGCGUUGUGCCCGAGUUGUAUUUUUUUUCUUCCGUUAAUUGAGUCGCGCAGUGCGGUGCGGUGCGCGCUUUUUUACGUCAAUGGGAUUCGCGACCCGCGGCAGAUCCUGCACUUAUGCAUCCAAAGAGCGAUCGAGACCACUACGUAUCAGAGGAUGCCGCAGGUGUUGUUGCUGUUAAGCCACGAGGUCGAGAGGCGAAAGUGUGUGCCAGUGAUGUCGGUGGCGAGGCAGCCUGCAGCCCUGCUGGACCUGGACCAUGGCCGGCAAGCCUGAGCAGCCGGCCUCUCAUUCAGGCCCGACGCUGCAACAGCCCCAACAACAGUUGUCGUCCCUACCGAGGCAGCAGCAGCAGACCCUCCAGGAGCAACAGGCUGCGGCUCUGCAGAACAGCGUCUUAGUUUACGUAUCCGGGGAGAACUUGGCCUACGCCAACAGCCUGGACCAGCAAAAUGCCCUUGCCGGUUAUCAGCAGCAACAGCAAACCAUCAACAACCAGCAGCAGGACAUCGGCCCGGGCAAUGGCAACAGCGUCUUCCUGCAGCACCAUCACCACCUGCCGCAGGUGUUCGGGGACAAGUCUCAGGCCGCGACGGCCGGCUUCCUCGGCCAGGCCGGCAAGGACGUGGCCCACGAGUUCGAGCUCGCCGUCGCCGAGAUAGAGCAGCAGGAGCCGCUGCACGCCCCGAGCCGCGGCUGUAGCGACGAGGAGGAGUCCGGUCACUCGCUCGGGCCCGACGACGACGACCUCGUCGACGAUGGGAGCUUCGUCGUGUCGCAGCUCGAGGCCGCCUGCGACGCCGACAUCAUCUACCAGGAUGACGAGCACGACCAGGACGACGAGCAGGACCAGGAGCACCUCAUCAAGCUGUCCAAGGACAUGCUCGACGGGUGCAACGGUUACGCGGCCAUUAACGGCGUGUACGGCUUUCCGCUCGACGAGAAGAGCCUUCAGGGUGCGUUCGCGGCCGCGGGGGCGGAGCUAGACGCCGCCUGCGAUGCGAACGGCAAUCACCAGGUUGGCAGCGGCUUUGUAAGGCAGAAUGGCACCUCGGGCCUCGGGCAGCUUUACCCCAACACCCUCAUCACGGAUGAGCAGCAGCAACAACAGCAGGACGACCAGGUGGUCGUCGGGGCGGAGCUGCUCGGUGAGACGGUGGUCAGCGCGGGCCAGGCGUUCGCUAGCCUCGGUAGCUGCGACAGCGUGAGGUCGGACACGGCCGAGUCUACCUGCAGCAGCCUGAGCAGCCACGAGAGCCAGGAAGUGGCCUUGCAGCAGGCCGCGAACUUUGUAGCCGCGCAGCAGGCUGUGCGGGAAGCCGCCGAGCAGCGGCAGAAUCAGCAGGUGCUGCAACAGGUGCAUCAGGUGCUCGAUGACGCUAUUAACAGUGCUGGUGCUUGUGGUGUGGUGCAACAACAACAACAACAACAACAACAACAACAACAACAACAGACUCAGCUUCAGCAAGAUUUGCACCAGGGCAUCGUAGUCCCGCCCGGCUGGAAGAGGAUCUGCACCAAUGGCGUCAUCAUAUAUAUCAGUCCGAGCAGUACGGCGCUGGGUUCGCUGGAUCAGCUCAAGGAGUACCUGACAACGGCAGGGACCUGCAAGUGCGGCCUCGAGUGUCCGCUUAGGCCCGAGCAAGUUUUCAACUUUGACCCCAAGGUGGCGACGCGGCCUUGGAGCCCCAGCCAAGCCAAGACGCGCGAGGUGAAGCUCUGCAACCACAAGAGAAAAAUACACCAGCAGCAGCACCAGCCGACGGUAUCGGAGUCAUCGGGCUCGCCGGGCGGCAUCGUCGGCGCGAAUCAGGCGACGAUAUCCUCGAUAUCACUCGAUGGCGAGGACUCCCCUGGCUCCUGCGACAAAUCCAAAUCAGACGUCCUGAAAAGGAAGCGGCGAAAGCUAGGCAGCAGCAACUCGAGCAACCCGUACUCGAGCGUCUCGGUGUCGCAGCUCCUGGCGCAGCGUGACCGAGCGAUCGCCGCUGCAGUGGCCGCCAACAGCACCACCAACAGCAGCCCCACCGACGCGAACGACAGCUCCGUAGCCCCGGACGUCGUAGCAGGUGACGCGACGGUCGCCGGCCCCACCGCCAACCCCGUGGCCACGAUGUCCACCGGGUCGCUCUCUAAUGGCUCGCAGGUGUGGCCUGUUACCGUGUCGAAUCUGCCCGGGAGCCUGACGCUCCCGCACCAGACGCAGCAGCAACAGCUGCUCCCGCACCAGCAGGCGGCCCUCAGUCCCCAGCUGGCGCAGAACCAGCAAGUCCAGAGGCUGAACAACGCGCAGAGCAUGGCCGCGGGUGGCAUGAUCAUGGGCAACCAGCUGAUCAUGAACCAGCAAACGAAUUUCGGCCACCUUGUGAAUUCGCAGCCUCAACAGCAGCAGCAGCACCAGCCGCAACAGCAACAGUCUCAGCAGCAACAGCAGGUUCAACAGAUGCAACAACUCUUGAACCAGCAAUUGCAGGACGAGCAGACGCAGGAGCAGCUGCUGUUCCAACAGAUGCAGCAAUUGCAGCAGAUGCAGUUGUUGCAACAACAGCAGGACCAGCAGCAGCAGCUGCAGCAGCAACAGCAGCAGCAGCAGCAGCAACAACAACAGCCGCAGAAUCGCAUGCUCGCCAAUCAGAUACAGCAGGUCCAACAGCAGCAGCCCAAUUACCAGUUGAACCAGCUGAACCAGCAGCCGUUGCAGCAAUUGAUGCAACAACAGCAGCAGCAACAACAGCAACAGAUGAAUACACAGCAAUUCCAGUUGCAAAACAUGCCAAAGCAGCAAAGUAUGCAGCAGCAGGGUCUUCUGGGCGAUAUGGACCAGCAGCAACAGUUGCUCGCUGGUUUCGGCCAACAGCAAGACUUUCUCAGUCAGCUGCCCAUGCAAAACCAACAGCAACAGAUUCACCCGCAGCUUCAGCAGUUGCAGCAACAGCAGCAGUUACAACAGCAGCAGGUCAAUCAGCAGUUGUUGCAACAGCAGACGGAUCAGUUCCAAAUGCAGUUACAACAGCAGCAUCAACAGCAGCAGCAGCAGCAGCAGCAACAACAGCAGCAGCAGCUUGUUCAGUCUUGCGGACAGGCGCAGUAUCAAACUCAAAUGUUGAAUCAGCCGCUCGAUACGAUGCAACAAAAUGGUCUGACCCUUAUGAAUGGCUUAAACGACUUGCAAGUGAGGCAGCAGCAACAAAGGACUGCCGAGGAAUUGGCUCUUAAGCAGCAGCAGCAGCAGCAACAACAGCAGCAGCAGCAGCAACAACAACUGUUCUUACAAAAUCAAGCGAUUCAGAGGUUACAGCCAAACAAUCAGUUUCAACAGAAUCAGCUUUCGUGUCAAAUGGGUACGUUCAGUCCAGCAAAGACGAACAACCUGCAACAGUUCCAAACGAAUAAUCAGCUGCAACAAAAUCAAAAUGUAAACUUCAACGCGAGAGCAUCACCUUGGCAACAACAACAACAGCAGCAGCAGCAGCAGCAACAGUUGCAACAGCAAAAUAAUAGGAUAAAUAUAAAUCAAAUGCAAAACCUGAAUUGCAAUGCGUUCAAUAACGUGCAGCAGCUGCAACAGAUUCCCCAGGAUAACAUUUGGACGGAGGAGGUCGCGAGGAAAAAGGCCAAGAUCGUCAAAAACUCGUACAAAAAGCAGAGGCAGCAGCAGCAGCUCGCCAAUAACAUUAACAACUGUCUCGACCAAAACAUGUCCGGAGAUGAGUUCUCCGAUAAAUUGAAUUCGCAGUCGGGUCCAUCGUUCCUGGAGGAUCCAAGUGGUUACCUCGCACAGCAGACUGCUCUGUUGAACAGCACGAUACAGAGGCAGACGGGCGUCACGAGCACGCAACAGCCUCUGCUCAUCGGCAACAAUAGCAACAACGGUCUGCAGCAGCAAAACGCCACGUAUCUUCCGCAACCAAAGCCUUCCUCGCUCGCUAGUCCCUCGUCCUUGUACAGCAACAACAACAACGCCGGCAAGAAUAACCCGAACUCGCCGGUGUUCGUGCACAGCUCGAUGACGCCAAACUCGGCCGGUAGCGCCACGGACUCGGAGAGCGGCAGCCCCAUGUCGUGCCAGAGAUGCGUGACCAGCGCGGACACGCAGUCCUUAUCUUCCUCGACCUCGACUCAGGAUUCCUACAAACAAAGAACCGACAUGCACACACAUCAGUACACUUUGCCGGAUAUGUCGGAAGACCCGAUAUCUUCCACUUUCGGUGAAAAAUGCAUGCAGCAGCAAAAUUCUUGCCAGCAGCAGGCUCAGUUGGACUCGCGGCCAAUCCAGGGUGGCACCGUAAGUACCUCGCAUGGCUCGCCCAUAGGCACCAACAGUCCAGCCAACUCGGACGCGCCAACGUCGUCCACGUCGCAGCCACCAACGCCACAGAGUCUCAUGUCCUCGCAGCCAUCGACGCCGCACGCAUACUCGCAGCCGGCGACGCCGCACAUGGUUGCUCAGCAUGCGAAUCUCAACGAGCAGAGGUCAACGACACCGUCAGUCGCCCCAACGAAUCCAUCGUGCGACCCCGGCUGCAUUGAGAAUCAAAAGAAGUUGGAGGUCUAUCAAUCCCAACAACACGCGAUGAGCAACGGCUCGAGAAGCAACACGUACAACGCGUCGUCAAUCAUAACGACAAUGGCCAGUGGCCACACAGUCAGUUGCAACACAAUCACGUCGGUGCUGGCUGGACGAGCUAAUACAGCGACGGUCUCGAUAAAUGCUCCAUCCGGCAUGGCCAAUAGUGUCAAUCUGUUACCAAACAUCUUGGCCAAGCAGCAACAACAACAACAGCAGCAAACGGCGAUUGUCAACACAGUUCCUUCCUCAUCUGUCCCUGUUGUAGCUUCGGCUGUCUCUACGGCGACGAUGCCGGUUGCUGCGUCUGCGUCGAUUCAGCAGCAACAUAAUGCCUACAUUAUACAACAGCAGCAGCAGCAGCAGCAACAACAACAGCAACAACAGCAACAACAACAGUCAAUGGCUAAUGUGAACGUUUCCAGGUCACCGCUUGAAAUGGUACAGAGUGUCGUGAGUAGUAUACAGGUGCCGCAAGUGACCAAUACAAACGGUCAACAUCACCAUCAGCAACAGCACCACCAACAGCAGCCUCAGCAGCAAGCUAACGUUCAAGUUCACAAUGUUCUCACGUCAAGUGGCAUAAUAAAACAAGCUGCACCUGGUCAAACUUUGCCACCUGGGCACAUUCUUGUCUCCAACAACGGACAGCUGAUAAUGGCGAGUACUGGUGGUGUUAUGGCACCUCCGCCACCAAAGAUCAACUCGAUGCCACCACUGUCGGUCUCACCAAUGGUGACGAACGUCACCGGGGCCGUCAGCCAGGUCAUACCAGCCGUUGGGGUGGCUCAGCAAGUGAUAGGCCAACCUACCGUUUUGGUGAACACGAUUCAGGCGCCAGUGAUAAUUCAGCCAUCGGGCAUGAUGACGAUGGAUAGUAUCGGACAGAACGUGCAGAUACCGCAUUUGACAGUGACCGCUGGAAACGUUCUGCAAAAUGCUCACCCCAUCAUCGAUGCCACGAAUCAUCAGCACCAGCAGCAAGACGUCGCGAGGAACGUCGCCGCGGCUGUUGCGAGUCAAAAUUUCGUCAACCAUCGACAACACACUGGCCUGCCACCAGAGCCAACAAUAGCAAAAAAAAAGGUCUACAAGAAGCGCAAGAGCAACACACAGACCGUAGCGUCGAUGCUGCACAUCGCGGCUGCAGCCUCGCAGCAAAACACGGGCAUGUUGAUGCAGUCGCACCAAUCGAAUUUCGCGCAUCAGAACUUCCAGACGCAAAGUUUAGGGGGACCAAUGCUGCAGGCGCUAACGAUCGUGCCGGGCAAGAACGGUGGACCUGCUCAAUUGGUUAUGAAUGGACAGCCGCAUCAGAAUUUCAAUACGCAACAGAUAAUUACGAAUGCACAGCCUGCCCAGCAGAUCAAUCUGUUGCAGCCGGUUAAUCUGCUGAAUGGCACAACGGGUAUGGUUCAAAACUUCCCGACCAUUCAGCAGUUCAUUGUGCCUGGAUUGGGAAGCAUGGUCAUGUCUGCGGAUGGCACGGCUACUCUUCUCCAAGACACAGGCAACAUCGGUGGCAUGCAAUUGCAGCUGCAAAAUGUCAAUGGCCAGAACGUCUUGACACCUGUACAGAACCACAGUGGUAUUUUUGGACAUGGUCAGAGUAUUUUAGCAGCCGGCCCAGCUGGAAUGGUGAUACGAGCGCCUCAGGCUACGGGUAGCAAAAUAAUUCAGACUCAAGCCAGCCCUGGUACUCAAUUCAUAUCACCGAAUAGCGGUCAGUUCCUCGUCAACGGCACAACGUCUUUCGGCAACCAGCUGAAUCCAAUUGUCGCUAACGUCACUCCGAACCAACAAGUGACUUUUAAUGCAGCACAGGUGCGUCAACCUAACAUCCAAGGCCAACAAGAGUUCAUUCAAAUGAACGGUCAGACGCUAAUGGUGCCGUGUGCAACAGCGCAAAAUAUUGCCUCGGUAUCGUCGUCACAGAAUCAACAGAACACGACGUACGUUCAGCAAAAUACGACGAUAGUGCAGCAGCAAACGACGAUGCAGGUUUCGAAUAACCAGCUGCCGGGAUUCCAAGCGUCAAAUGCCAAUAACACUCCCAGCAUCGAGCAACCAACAGUGAACGUCAAUAAUGCUCAGUACCAAAUAGUCAGCGCUGACAUGGUGACGCAGGGAAAAAGUCCAGCCUCGCCAAAAGGCAAUGUGAACCAACAACCAACUGAUCAAGCUGUUGAGCUACAGCAACCGACGCAACAACAACAACAACAACAACAACAACCAGAACAGAGGCCACAAUCGCAGCAGCAAACUCAGCAGAACCAACAGGCUCAGCAGCUUCCACAGACGCAAUUCGUGAUUACCAACGACACCUGCACGACGAUAGUCGAGAAAACGCAAUCACAGACCGGCGCAGUGGAUGCGGCAGCAGCAGCUGCUGCUCUGAUGGCGAGGCACACAGUGUCGACGCAGACGAAUCAGGCGAACGCGGCUGCUCAGUCUGCGCUGAUGAGGCAGGGUUCACCACCCGAUACGACGACCCACAGUCCUGGUAAUAGUCAAAGGUCCAACAGUCCAGCCGUGGAUACAACGACGCACGGAGCAGCGUCACCUCCACCACCAGCCAACACGAGGCAACAGUCGUCUACGCCGAUGGUCCACUGUGUAUCGAGUAGCGAGCCAGAUUCGGGCGGCGACGCGCAGCAAAACUCCGAGGAAUGGCGAGGCAACGUCCAGUCGCUGAGCAACCCUGGUAGCGUCAAAGAGAUACCUGCCAUCCAGCCAGUCUCUGGUCCACAAGCUCAGCAACAACAAACGGCCACUCAGGCACAACAGCCUCAGCAGCCACAGCAGCCACAACAACAGCAGCAGCAGCAGCAGCAGCAGCAGCAGCAGCAGCAACAACAGCAGCAGCAAGCAAAGCCGACCUUUGUCGAGUCGUCGACCGUCUCGAGCGGCAUCCAGGUUGGUAGCUUCGUAGAACAGGCCGCCACUGGUGCCAGCGCCAGUCAGCUUACCCUUACAGACACCCAACAACAAGAACAUGAUAUGCAUCACGAGUUGGCCGAUACGACACACCUCGAUAACACAAUUAUCGAGCCCAUGAGCGACACAACCAUCAUCACCUCAUCACCCACUCAUUCAAUUAAUUCAGACACGAUCGUUAUUGCGGAAUGCGUUAGUGAGGAGCUGUCGGGCGUCGACAAUGAUUGUCUCAUUAACAAAGACGUAAUAGCCGUUGUUAGGGAAUCGGAGCUGCCAGCUGUGCUCGAGCAGCAACAGUCUACGGCGGUGAUGACGACAAACGACUCAUCAUCAGCAUCCUAUCAUGUUCACGAGCAGCAUCAACAACUCAUGCUUGUCGAUAACAUUAGCGACGACAACAACGAUUGCGUGUCUAACAUUUACGAACAGACGACGCAGGAGCAAGUUGCCACGGCCGCGGCCCUCAUACAGCACGAGAAGUUUUACAGUGUUGGUAUAGCGCCCGCGGGCCUUUAUCCCCACUUGUAUAACUUCGGUGCUGGUGACGACGAUGGCAAUGAACAACAGCCAAGUCAGCAACUUGCUACUGCUACCGUCGUUAAUUAUCAGGCUUCGGAGAAGCUGCAGCUGCAGCAGCAGACUUUUUUCAGUCCUUUUGUUUAUAACGGCAGCGACCUCACGGGAAUCGUUGAGGAUGUCGCUGACGUUGAGCUCGAGGAGGAGAGCGCCGAGUCCACGGAGGAGGAGGACGAGGAACUAUGA